AUGCCUAAACCGAAACGUCAUACUAGAAAUGCGAAAGAAUACAAUUGGGGAUUCUAUGUUAUAUCAAUUUUUCUACGCUUUUAUUUUGCAAUAACCCAUUGUCCUGGGUACAUAUUCCCCGACGAGUAUUUUCAGUCGGUAGAAUUUGCUACGCACGAAAUCUAUCCGAAUUCUUGCAGUCUGAUAACGUGGGAUUUUAAGCCAACUGGGUAUGGACCAGUCCGUUCGCGCUCCAGCAUCUAUCCCUUUGUUCAUCUGCCAAUUAAUAUUGUUAAUAAGGUGUAUCCUUCACCACCUGACGGCAAAUUGUCCGGAAAUGAUAUGAUCAAUCGUAUUCUUAUGCCUGCUCGUAUGUUUACUACAAUUUUGUCGUUUAUUCCUGAUGCUUUCGUCUUUUUCAUCAGCAAGAAGUUAGAGAACUUGAAGGAUAAUCGAGCGCCUCUGUCUCUCCUCCUAUAUUCCUCCAUGACUUAUGGUGGUCUAUUGUACAAUAGUCGUACGUUGAGCAACAACUGGGAAACUAUACUUGUUUGCAUCUUCUGCUAUCUAUCCCUUCACUCCUCAUUCCUUAAUAUUCUGCUUGAGGCAGCUAUCGGUGCUUAUGGCAUAUUUUUACGAUCUUCGUUUCCGAUCUUUGUUACCCCCUUUAUCUUACUUCAGCUCUACAAUAUUUCAAGGUCGACUCAUCGAAUUGUCUACCUAACAUGUAUAAUACCCAUUGCCGUACUCAUAUCAUGUGUGGUGUCUGGCCUUUUAAUUUUCUUUGAUACGGUCUAUUAUUCUGGAAAUCAAGUGCCGAAACUGAGUGAUUUCAUUAUAACACCAUUGCGUUUCCUCAAAUACAAUUCUGUGCCUGAGACAUUAGCUAAACACGGACUGCAUCCUUGGUACCAUUACCUUAUUGUUCAUUGGCCCCUAAUUCUAACUCCUAUUGUUGCUCCCGUG